GAAAAUUGGAUCUUUGAUUCGUAGAUGGUUUCAAGAGGUUGUUUUUCUGAUUUUGGCUGUGGAGGAGAAUUUGAGGAAUUGUGGAUGAGAGGGUUUUCAUUGGGACAAGGGAGAUGAACGGGAAAUCUGUGGGUCUGGAGGGACAAUGACUGGAACGUCAUUGGGUCUACGUACAGGAAGUUAUGGAUCACUGCAACCACAGGUACAAAACAGUGUUUUAUUGCCAUUUCAAACUACACCCAUUGUUUUACGCAAGCCCUCAAAGAUGUUUGUCCCUGGUUCAAGAGAGAAGGAAAGGUUUCUUCAACGGAUCUGCAAAUUUGCUGGCAGAAGGAGGGUUGGAAUGCUACUGCUGGUGGUCGUUUCGGUUUUGGUUUUCAUGUCAGUUUUAUCUGCUGUUAGUAAAGAAGAAGAUGCAUCAGAGGUUAUUUCUGGACGUCUUACUCAACAACAGGUGCAGAACAUUAGACCCAACGAAAGCAUUACUCAACAACAGGUGCAGAACAUUAGACCCAACGAAAGCAUGCCAUCAAGUAAUCCCGAUGUUUCCAUGAGUUAUGGAUCACAUGAAAACAAGACAGAUGAUAAUUCUCUUUUACAAAACAAUGUAUCGGUGGUAAGUGCUGUAAGUAAAGCCCAGCCACCUCUUCCUUCCAGUCAUCCAUGUGAAAAGUUCGCAAUUCCACCCCCACCAAAUGAUAGAAAGCGUACUGGACCACGCCCAUGUCCAGUUUGUUACCUUCCUGUUGAACAAGCUAUAGCCUUUAUGCCAAAAGAACCAUCAACAUCUCCUGUACUUAGGAAUUUAACUUAUGUGUAUGAGGAAACUUCAAUUAGAACGGAACUAUUUGGAGGAUCUGAAUUUGGUGGAUAUCCUUCUCUGAAGCAGAGAAAUGAUUCUUUUGAUAUAAAGGAGUCAAUGAAUGUGCAUUGUGGAUUUGUUAAAGGAAGGAAACCUGGACAUCAGACUGGGUUUGACAUAGAUGAUUUGGACCUUCUUGAGAUGGAGCAGUGCCGUGGUAUUGUUGUAGCAUCAGCCAUAUUUGGAAACUAUGAUAUCAUUCAGCAGCCAAAGAAUAUCAGUGAAGCUUCGAAGAACAAUGUUUGCUUUUAUAUGUUUAUUGAUGAAGCGACAGAAGCUUAUAUGAGAAAUUCUAGUGUCCUGGAUGGUGGAAAUAAGGUUGGAUUUUGGAGAGUUGUUGUUGUCCGUAACCUUCCUUAUCUUGAUGCAAGACGGAAUGGAAAGGUUCCAAAGCUUCUGUUACAUAGGAUUUUCUCUAAUGCCCGGUUUUCUAUAUGGAUUGAUGGAAAGCUUGAACUAGUUGUGGAUCCAUAUCAAAUUCUUGAGAGGUUCUUGUGGCGGAAUAAUGCCACUUUUGCAAUCUCCAGGCAUUAUAGACGCUUUGAUGUGUUUGACGAAGCUGAGGCUAAUAAAGCUGCUGGGAAAUAUGACAAUGCCUCCAUUAAUUAUCAGGUCGAGUUUUAUAAGCAGGAGGGUUUGACCCCUUAUACCGAGGCUAAGCUUCCAAUUACCAGUGAUGUCCCUGAAGGAUGUGUGAUUAUAAAGGAGCACAUUCCCAUUACCAACCUCUUUACCUGUCUGUGGUUCAAUGAAGUCGACCGUUUUACGUCAAGGGACCAGAUAAGCUUUUCCACUGUAAGGGACAAGAUAAUGUCAAAAGUGAACUGGAGUAUCAACAUGUUCUUGGAUUGUGAAAGACGCAAUUUUGUGGUUCAGGCAUACCAUCGAGAUUUGUUAGAGCAUAUGUCUCCUCCGCCUCCGGUCAGAAUAGUUGUUCAUCCUCCACCAGCAUUAUUACCGGAAAUUUCUACUGAUAAGUUUACAAGGUCUACACCAAAGAAGAUGCCCACAAAGCGUGGGAGAGAAAGAAGAUCCAGUUCAAGGCGUCACCGUAAAGUUGCAACUGGUAGUAGGGAGAACAAUUUCUUUUAGGUCCUUUUGAAUUUUGUCAAAAUAUAUAUUUUUUUUCCUUCCCUGUUUCAAAAUUAUUCACUGCAGGGUAGGAGGAUUUGUGCAUUGAGGGGAUAGCAGGUCUGGUUUGGAAGAGAGAACAGUCUGUUUUUUGUUCGGAAUUGUCAAUAUCUAUUCUUUUUCAUUGUAAAUAUUUUAAUCCCAAAUAAAUAUCAUUAUAUGAGUUUCUUGCCAUUACCGCAA